AUGCUCUCAAUAUGGGUAGGCGCCAUCCUCCUCUUUGGAUAUAUCGUGAUCCAGGACAUCAUAUCGCCUGUUUCUAAGGUGCCGGGGCCGUGGUAUACCCGCUUCACAAGUUUCUGGAUCAAGUAUCAAGAGUUCACCGCGAACCGACGUGAAUCUGUGCAUCGGCUUCACCAACUAUAUGGGCCGGUUGUCCGUUUAGGUCCCAAUGAGGUAUCAUUCACAAGCCUUGAUGCCAUCAGAGAGAUCUAUGCUUCCGGAGGGAGCGGCUACGACAAGACUGAAUUUUAUUCGCUUUUCAAGCAAUUAAAGACAAGAACCAUGUUUUCCACAUUGUGCAAAGACGAGCACAGCAAGCGAAAACGCCUUUUCGCCGAGCGAUAUGCGAUGACAAACGUCAUGAAACCGGAGCCUUUGGCAGCCAUCAACGAGCGGGCAAUGACUUUUGUCUUCAAGUGCCUCGAAGCUGGCAAGAAAAGCGUCGAUGUCUAUGUACUUCUCCACUGCUAUGCUGUAGACUGUGUUACUCAUUUCAUGUUUAGUCCUGGAGGUCUCAAAUCACUCAAUGUUGAGAAGGAUUUUGAGAUCAUGGAGGAGCUUACUUAUCAUCAGAGUCUACAAAAAAGUCUUCUGGCAUACUACCUCCCAUCGCUGGAACCAUACUUCCCGAGUUUCCUCCAUCCACGCAGUGCACCCAAGACUAACAAGUUUGUCCUCGAUAUGACCGCCCAGACCCAUGUGGAGGAAUACACUCUCCUGGAAAAGCUCAAGCGCAAAGAAUCCGGCCUCGAGCUUCUGCAAGUAGCAGCAGAAUGCAAAGAUCACAUGGCAGCUGGUAUUGACACUACUGGUGAUGGUCUCUGCUUUUUGAUGUGGGAACUCUCGCAACCACAAAACAUGGAGUUUCAGCACAAGUUACAACACGAGCUCAGAAAUGCUUCACCUGAUUCCUCGUUGGAUAGCUUGGUCUACCUUGACGCGGUGAUUAAGGAAGCUUUGCGUUGCUCUCCACCGAUCCCGAUGUCUUUGCCGCGUUAUGUGCCCACAGGUGGGAGAUCGAUUGGUGGUUACUUCAUUCCAGAGCAUACGAUCGUGAGCUGUCAACCAUACACAGUUCAUCGGAGCUGUGAUGAAGUGUUUCCCGAGCCAGAUCGAUUUUAUCCUGAUCGGUGGCUCGAUGAAAAAGGCGCUGCAGAGCGAAACAGGCAUUUCUUCGCCUUUGCAACUGGUGGGAGAGGAUGCACCGGGAAGAAUCUUGCGCUGGUGGAGAUGAAGAUGCUUCUUAGAGAGGUUUAUUCUCGAUUCGCUACCACGGUGGCACCUGACAUGCAUGGCUCUAUGAAACUGGAUGAUCAGAUCAUCUCGGCGAGGCCAAAGGGACAGACGUGCAUGCUGAUUUUCACGGAAAUUUAG